AGGAAGCGGCUCAGAUUAGCUUUCUGUUUGAGCUGUCUGUAUUUUUAGUUUCCAGCCAAGAGCCGCCGCCCGGAGGACAGCCCUGCUGAUAAAGACGUCUUUCUAAAACCUCGCCGGUUCGGAAAUCAACAGCCAAACCGGGGAGGAAGUGACGCCUGUAUGAGGAGAGGCGCGCCAGCGGACAGCAGCUAAUUAAGCUAGCGCCAGUCUACCCCGCUCCAGGAUGUCGUACAGGAGAACUUUGAAGCUCCUCUUCGGUGUCGCUGGAGGCUCCGCCGCCCUGGUGUUGGCCGCCGCGGCCGCAGACUCUCACGGGUACCUCGGCGAGCAGCGCGGAGACGCAGCCGACCGGUGGUCGAGGCUCACGGUGCUCCGUGCGGCGCAGCCGGCGUGGAGCCCCGCCAGCCACACUCCGGUCCCGAGCGGCCACGCCUGGGACUUCAACUGGGACAAGAGAGACCCAUCUGCCCUGUCCAACGGCAAGAAGAAGGAGAGCGCCACUGAAGACCCCAGCUCCGAGCAGGACAACGGCAAGCCCAAGGCCACGCGCAACAUCCUCCUCAUCAGACACUCCCAGUACAACCUGAGUGGCAACAACGACAAGGAGAGGAUCCUCACUCCACUAGGUCGGGAGCAGGCUGAGCUGACAGGCCAGAGGUUGGCAGCACUGGGCUUGAAGUACGACGUUCUGAUCCACUCCAGCAUGGCGAGAGCGACCGAGACGGCGAACAUCAUCAGCAAGCACCUCCCAGGUCCAGGAGUGGAGCUGCUGAGCUGCGAUCUGCUGAGAGAGGGCGCCCCCAUCGAGCCGGUCCCUCCCGUCACCCACUGGAAGCCGGACGCUGUGCAGUACCACGAAGACGGCGCUCGCAUCGAGGCAGCCUUCCGCCGCUACAUCCACCGAGCCGACCCCAAGCAGAAGGAGGACAGCUACGAGAUCAUCGUGUGUCACGCCAACGUCAUCCGUUACUUUGUCUGCAGGGCUCUCCAGUUCCCCCCGGAGGGCUGGUUACGGAUGGGUCUGAACAACGGCAGCAUCACGUGGCUCACCAUCCGGCCCAGCGGCCGCGUGGCGCUGCGGACUCUGGGCGACGCGGGGUUCAUGCCGCCCGACAAGCUGACGCGGACCUGACGGCCCGGCGGCGUUCAGAGCUCAGUCUUCUCCUCAAGUGUCUUGAAAACAAAGUGUAAAACUUCUGUCGUGUUAUUUUGUAAUUGAACUACCAUCAUGUCGAGCAGCGCGGUGGUGGCGUUUUUACUUCCCGUGCCAUAGGAAGCCAGCAGAAGAGACCGGCGGCUGCAGAGCUCCUCCUCCUGAAUGUAACCCAACAUUUCUACAGAGUUUUUCAAACCAGCCGGUUGUUUGUAAAGCUGUCGUACAGGCUGACCGUGGUUUUGUGACUUUUCAGUGAGGACUUCCUGUUCAAUCGUGCAGUUGUAGUAAAUAAAGUGAUCAACGCUUCAGUUUGAGUCCUUUAGUUCAAGUAAGGAGGAAAAGAGACACGGCGGUAGUAAAGUAAGAGUGAUGUUUUAUUGAUUAGUUGAAAGCAAAUGAAGGUCUAGACAUAAAGAGAAUUCACCAUGAAAGUUAAUUUUUAAUAAAGCACAGAAUGCUGAAAGUA